UCACUUGCCAUGCUCGGUGGAAAAAUGCAUUCUUUCCUGAGGCCUUGUUUGAUAGGGGAGGUUUUGUAGCUCCAAAAGGGUACGAGGAUUUGAGAGGGUUUGGUGAAUCCCUCUCCUCCACCAAUCCCCUCAAUUGCUCACUAAUCUCCAUCCCCUCAUAAAUCUCUCUAUUUUUUAAGCCUCCUACAACAGCAGCAGCAUAGUGAGCGUCCCUGCGUGUUUUCUGUUCCACGAGUGGCUACUAGGGUUUUCUGUACCACGUGGAUUGAGAGAGUUUCAUGGGGAUCAGAGGGGGUUGGCCUAUUCAAUCCCUGCGGCCAGUUUUGAAAUGGCAGCAUGAUUGUUAGCGUGUGACAUCAAAACGGAUGGCGCUCCCGAGCUCUGGCGACUCUGGCGCCUGCGACGGCGCGUGCCCGUCGCCGGUGGCGCCUCCCGCCUCUACUCCUGCCGCCCCCUCCGGCGAAUGCCCCGCGCCGGCGGCCGCGCCUCUUCCCUCCUACCCUGCAGCUCCCGCUGCCGCUCCCUCCACGCCUCGGAACCGUUGGGCGGACUUCGCCGACGAUGAGCCUUUCCCGCCUCCCGCCGUACCCGCCCCCUCGCUCGCCGCCGCCCCUCGUCGCGCCGCGCCGGGCUGGCAGCUCAGCCCCCCACGUGAGGGGCUCUGCUGCAGGCCCGCGUGCGCCGCGGUCGCCGCCGGCGACGCCCUCGAGCCCGUCUUGGGCGGAGGAGGGCCAAGGUGCGUGCUUGACUGGUGGAUCCGCUCGCCACCGGCGCGGUUGCUCGCGGGCUGGCCGCUCCGACCGGGGCACCGCCCGCUCCUCCUGGCGCCGCCCGGCGGCCUCCCCUUCUUCCUCGGCGUCGCGCUCCGCGGGCUCCUCCCCGACCCCGUUCUUGCGUUCCUCCCCAUACAGGCCUUUCAUCGCGACCUUCGGGUCCUCCAACCUCCGGUUCUCCGCCCUGGCCGCCUGUGCCGGAGUCGCGUCGGCGGCGGCGGCGGCGCUCGCCCCUGGCAGGGAAACCCUUGCCCCCCCCCCCCCCCCCCGCCGCCUGGGCCGGGCUGCUGGUGUCCCUGGGCUACUGGGCCCCGGCCCGUCCCACCUGCUGGGCCGCAUCUCUGCCAUGCCGGGUGGCUCCCCUUCCCCCUGGGCCGGCCCACCUGCGCUGGGCCACCGGGUUGCCCUAGGCCCAGGGCGGUGGCCCCUUCCAUAUGGCUACCGUGCGGCCUCCCUCGACCCCCCUCCCCUACGCCGCCAUUUCGUCUCGUGCCCAACCCCUGCCCAUCGCAUCCCUCCCUGCUCCAAGUCCGGCACCUCCCUCGCCCCAGCCGGCCGCCCCCCUCCUUCCCCCUCGCCUCUCCCACCGCCCCCGCCCCCCUCCCCUACUCCGGCCCCCCAUGCCGCGUGACUGGGAUGAUGGGGCGGCCCGGUCCAAGAGGAAGGCCGACGACUCCCGCGGCCAUCCCGCCCUUCUCCGGACGGCCUCCGGCGCGAGCUCCGGGAGCUCCGGGAGGGGCGCCGCUCGCCCGAGCGUCGGGAGGGUCGGGGCCGAUCGCGGUCUCCUCGGCCGGCUGCCUCGGGGAGCGCUCCCCCUCCCCUCCCCGACCUUCACGGCACAUCUCCCCCCGUGCUCGGGAUGGGAUCCUUCCGACUCCGACUCCCCAAUGCUACGUUCCGCCCCAUGCAUCCGCCCCCACGGCCACGGCCCCGGCUCGUGCUUCGGGCGGUGGCGCCGAUCGCGGCCGCACGGGGCCGGCCAAGAAGAAGAAGCGUUGGGGUGUCCGCGGUGCUCCGCCCAUGCCCCCCUCGACGGCCCCGGGAUCUUCCACCACGCCCGGGCCCGUCUCUGGUCUCCCUCGCCCCCCUGCUUCAACUGCGGGGUGGGGGGACACUCGCAAGUCAACUGUGUCAAUCCCCAAUGCUACUACCUCUGCAAGGAUCCAGGCCACCCCGCGCUCUUAUGCCCGGAUCGACCGGUCGUGUCGGAGCUCAUGAUGUACGGACACGGUAUCGAGGGGCUGGGCUUCUUCCACCUUGAGGUGCCCGACGUCCCGCCUUCCUCCCCCUCCCUCCAGGCGGUCGUCACGGUGGUUGACGGGGUGGCAUCCCCGGAGAUGAUUGAGGCCGAGCUCAACCACCUCUACCGCCGCCAGUGGGACUGGGUGGUCACCCCCACUGCUGGCCACAUCUUCACCGUCGUCUUCCCCGACUCUGUCAGCUUCGGCUACACGACGCGUAGUGGCCGGAUCACGCUCGCGCUCAACCAGCUGGUUGUCGACAUCUCCGAGCCGAUCCUCGACGCUCAGGCCGUGGCCGUCCUCGACACCGCUUGGAUCCUUGUCUCCGGCCUCCCUCACAUUGCGCGGUCUGAGCUCGUCAUCCGCCAGAUGUCCCGCCUCUUGGGCAAGGUGGUGGUGGUCGAUGAGCUCUCUCUGCGCAAGGAGGAGGUCGUCCGGGUCAAGGUCAAGUGCCUUGACUCCUCCAAGCUUCACACCACCGUCCGCGUUUUCUUCAACGACCAGGACUUCGACCUCAGGAUCGCCCCCGAGCCCCCCAACCAUGUCGGCCGCCCCCGCUCCUUCGACGCCGGCCUCCCGGGUGGCAACCCGGGAACUGAUGGGGACUACCACGGUCGUCACCGUGCGCGCUCCCACCGCUCGGAUGAGGAGGGGGGUUCGAAGGACUCCUGCUCCGCUCCCCGCCCCCCUCCCCCUGCCGCGGGGGGUAAGGGCCACCAGGCCGCACCCAGCAUGCUCCUCAGCGGUCCAUCAGUCUCUGUGGCGACUUCCUCCGGGGCGAGCGACAUCUCCAGCCUUGGCCUGGUCGUUUGCCCGGCAUCUUCACCUCGCUCCCCUUCCUCGUCUGCUCCCGUCGCGAUGGACCCGGCGGCUCCGGUCCCCAGGCUGCCUCCUGCAACCUCGGUGGCUCCUCCUGAGGGGGAUGACCCCCCUGCGGUGGACUCCCCCCUCCGGCGUCGCCACCCACGGUCGCUCUGCCCACCCCGACCGAGGCGCCGCCUCCCCCGCCGCCUCCGUCGGCGGCUUCUGCCGCGGGUUGCGCCCCCCCCCCUCCGCCGAUGUUGCGCUCAUCCGCGACCUUGUCUCCGUCUCCUCUCCUCCUAGGCUGCUCCGGGACUGCACCUCUGGCUUCGCCCGCGGAGGCCCUGACCUUGGACGGGGAGGCUAGGGUGACCACCCCGAUGGCUGCCCAGCCCCCCCCCUCCACGGUCCGCCGCCUACUCUCGCCGCGGCCGGUCGACCUCCUCCCCGGUGAUUGCUUCCCGUCGGAGCGCUCAGCUGGACGCUGCUCACCCCGAGGGCAGUCCGGCUCUGCCCAUCCCCGAGUGGGCAGAGCUCCGCGCUGCUGCUCGGAACCUGGAGCCAGGUACGCCUGCCGUCCCCCCUUCGGCUUCUUCUUGCUCCUUUUCUGCGCUCGAGUCCAUUCCUCUCGGCAACCUCUCUAAGGUUGCCUCUGACUCCGCUAUCAUCUUUAGGGGGAAGCUGGUCCCACCCUAGUCCAGAUCGCGGCUAUUAGAGCCCGCGAGAUUCUUGACGGGAGGUUGGCGGAGGCCCGUGCGGCCUUCCUUUUACCUCCCGUCCCUCCUGCGGCUGGUGAGCCCCUUCCCCCGUCCGCGCCGCGGCUGACAGCUCCCCCCUCCCCCCCCCCCAUCGGUGGGGGUGGAGAUCCGUGGUCGCACCCGCUCCCGCACCGCGGCCCUCCGCGCUCAAAGCGCCUCUCGUGUCCUAGGGUCAAGCAGCCCCCCGAUGGCGCCUUAAUGCUUGCAUUAUUCUGGAACAUCCGCGGUUUCGGCCAUGAUGGCCGACGCCGCCAACUUGUGGAGUACAUGCGGGAGGAGCACAUUGACAUAGUUGCCAUUCAAGAAACCAUGCAUCUUGAAUUCUCGCUCCCUAAGCUUGACCGUCUGAGCUCCCACCUCUUUGCGUGGCAUUGGCUCCCUUCUAGUGGGAGCGCCGGAAACUCGGGUGGCAUCCUCUUAGGCGUGAAGGAUGCCACCUUUGAGGUGGGGAGCAUGGAUCGAAGGGAAUUCUUCGUUAGCAUGGAGCUGUUCGAGAGAUCUCUAAACUUCAAGUGGGAGGUCAUCAUCGUCUACGGGCCUGCUGACCAUAGUCGGUCGGCUGCCUUCCUAGAGGAGCUCCACCAGAAGAUCUCUGCAGCCUCCCUUCCGAUGGUGGUGGGAGGCGAUUUUAACCUCCUGCGCGUGGUGGAAGACAAGAGCAAUGAUAAUGUCUGCUUUGCGCGGAUGCAAAUGUUCAAUGACUUCAUUGCUGAUCUCGGUCUUCGCGAGAUCGAUAGGAUUGGUGCCAGGUUCACCUGGACCAACCGGCAAGCCUCCCCGACCCAGUCCAUCCUGGACCGGGUCCUAGUGUCCCCAGAUUGGGACAUCCGCUGCCCCUUAGCCUCCCUUCGCGCCAUCACGAGGAUUGGCUCGGAUCAUGUGCCCCUUCUCCUCUCCUCUGCUGACGAGCGUCCGCCAGUCACCCCUCGAUUCCGGUUUGAGACCUUCUGGCUCUCCCAGACCGGGUUUAUCGAGGCCGUGGGCGCUCGGUGGAUCGAGGCUCGCGCCCACCCCCACCCCCGCCCUCCUUCGGCCUUGACUCGCGGCACUUCUGCGCGAAACGCGGGAGGCAGUUCAUGAAGGGAGGGUGUGUUUAAUGAAUGUGUUCUCUGGCUGCAUGCUAAAUUUUGCUAGUGGUUGGUGUAUUGGGAUGUUAUCUUCAUGGAAUUAAUGCCAUGGUCUGGUCAUGAUCAAUUAUUCAACUCUAAGCUACUGGUGUUAUCAUGGUUUAACUCGCUAGCUUGACUAAUGACUCUAUGGUUCAUGCUUAACCAUGUUUGGCCUCCGCAAGAGGCACCCUCCAUGGACGACAUUGACGAGGAACAUGCGGGACCACAUGCCCAGGUUGUCGAGCUCGCCUGCUAUAAGUACAGAUUUGCUAUGAUUUCUUGAUUACAUGGGAUUAGAAAGGAGAUGAUGCCCAGUUGGUGUCGCAUCUUCUGUGCACCGUGGAGGUGGUGGCCGCAGCUUCCUCGGUUCUAGAUCACACAUGUUGACUCGUCUUUGAAGCACGGAGAAGUCGAUGCCUCAAAGGCACUUGCAUUGAUACCGUUGACAGCUAAUUACCGAGGGAAUGAUCAUGAUUUCGUGCACUCUCCUGGGGUCAUAUCCUCAGCUAAGAAAGCUGUAGCGAACUCGCGAGCUAUUGUUCCAGUUACACCUGUAGAUUCGAGCAGAGGCGAUAGUUCCAACAAAUAAGGUGAAGAGAUCAUUAGAAAAAGAGGCAGCUCAAAUUAGACGUCCGUUCUCUGUUGCUGAAGUGGAAACACUUGUGCUUGCAGUCGAAAAGAUUGGAACUGGAAGACGGCGAGAUGUUAAACUUCAUGCUUUUGAUAACGCCAAGCAUCGGACCUGUGUUGAUCUUAUGGCAAUACAGAACCACCAGGGCAGGGUGGCCGAGCAGAGUUGUUUCCGUUUAUGGCUACAUGGACCACGGUGCAGAGACGAUGUUGUCUAGCAUGAGUUUGGUCAGCAAAGCAGCCCUGCUUGUUUCGGUGCUCAUUCCUGUGCGGUGCCUUUGGUUGCUGCUUCCUCUUCGACUCCGGCAUAGGGAUAAAUAAAGAUGUUGGCCCUUACAAAUCCUGGAAACUCACACAGGUUGAUUAGAAAGGGUUGAAAUACAAGGAAAACUAGGCUCCGAGAGUACUCCCUCUCCCUCGUUAAAUUUUGUUCCAAUCAUCACAUUAUGAUCACCUGCCGGUUUAGCAACAUACUUUUGGUAGCAUUAAGAUAUUUUUUCAUAGAAUGGUGAAACCUUUUAAUGUUUGUCCGAAUCCCCGGAAAUGAUACUUUUAUAACCAGAGUAUGAAAUUCAUAGUUAGCGAUCGGGUCACUCCAAAGGAGUUAAUGGAUAUUGAUUGCUCCCAUGGCUUUUGCAUAUAUUUCUUUCUGUGGUGCGGAUUGCUUCGGAUGCACGACAGUGGCAACUUAGUUCCAAACUUUAUUUAGGGCAUGUGUUUAGUGUUGGUGCGAUAGAUACUGAUGUCGUUAUCCCCAAAAGCGUAAAUCCGAGCUUGUCGUCACAAUAUUUGUGCUUUGCAAGAUUCUGUGGGUGCUAUGUUGUUAUACCGAAAAAGGCUUUCGCCCCGCUUUAUAUAUAAAGCACCAACCACACAUUACAGCCAUCACCACAACAAAGAAGGAAAAGAAGAUAAAACAAAAUCGACAAGGGUACAAACACUACGGAACAACAAGCGACGGCCUCCGAUCAUGCCAUCGACGCAACUGCGACAAGGGAGCAAUUCGCCACCGGAGGGAGGCCACGCUCCAUCAACUCCCAAGGGCCAACCCUGUUGUCCUACCUUCUGCCGCUGCCUCCGAAGAGGGCACCCCUGCCCUCUCGUCCUGGAUCGAAGGACGCCGACCCGUCAGGAGGCAGAACAGCUCACCCCUGAGCACGGAUGGACUGGCCAACAUGUUGCCGGGGAGAGGACGAGCCCUGGCCACCUCACCUCUCACAGGAACCCAUACAUCACGCACGUCACCGGCCAAGACCAAGAAGCCCAUCGCCAUUGCCGAGCAGGGACACGACAGAAACAGGCAAACCACCACCGCGCCGAUCCCCUGACCAUCCUGGACUCCCAAGGCAGCGUCUUCAAGAAGAAAACGACGCCGAUGCGCCGUCGCCGCCCAAUCAAGAGAUUUUAGGCUUUCGCCCGGGACCAUGGGGUGGAGGCGAGGAGAGGGUCUCGAUGUCGCCCACCAGAGGGAGAACGGCGCCGCGAGCGUCGCCAACAUCGUGACCGGCACCGCCGGUCAAGGGUUUCCCCUGACCCAGAGCUUGCAUCGCCAUUGCUCCGCCAACCAGCCGAGCAGGACGUCCGGAGGAAGGCCGCAGACCGGCCAGCAGAGGAGGAAAGCGUGAUGAAGCCGCCAACUUCAGAUCGAAUCCAAGCCCGCCGCCGACUCGCCGCCCAACACGGCCAAGACGGCGCACCGAGUGCCGGCGUCAAACCCCGUCGACAAGGGGAAGACGCCCUCUCCAGCAGUGGCCGCCGCCACCCGCAACGCCCGCAGCCCCCAGAGGGCCAGAUCGGCCGCGCCAGACCAAACCCCCGCUGCCGCCGCGGGGCCGCACCGCCGCCUCCCAGCACCAAAGCUGCCAGAUCCGCACGCCUCCGCCGCCGGAGGCCCCGCCGGACCCAGCUCCCCCACGAGCGGCGGCCCGCGCCGCCGAGAUCCCGACGAGGAGAGGAAGGAGAGAGCCCCGCCGCUGCCAGCACCGCACGGGCUUCGCCCGGCGGACGCCCUCCGGCAGCGGCGAGGAGGAGGAGUGAGCGAGGGCGGAGCCUUGCGCCGGCGACGGAGGGGAAUCUCCCGUGACGCGCUCGCGGGGCGCGUUGCGGGAGCGGGGGGAGAGGAGUCCCUCACUUACGAAUAUCACAAGAGCCGUGCUAUGUUGUUAUGACUGUAGAUUUCCUUCCUGCCUCUACAAAAGAUGUCACACCUUUGUAAUUCUUUGUCGUUUCUAUUCUCAAACUUGCAAAGAGGAUGGUGAGUUCAAGAUUGUUGUCGAGUACUCAAAAUAUCAGAAGAUCGUUGUCGAUGAUAUUGAUUGCUCCCUGGUUGUUAAGUAACUUGUUGCGCAUACAUUUUUUUUUUACAUUAUUAUAGGAUUUGCAAGUGCUGCAUUAAGCUGUUGUUUACAUGAU